UUAAACAAGCCUAAACAUUUCACUGCGCGAAAAUUUGACUUACACACAUUCGCAUCGUUCAGCACUCAUCCGUCUAUCCCUUUUAACAUUCUACCCAUCUUUCCGAGUGUCUGACUGUAUCGUUGCUAUCAUUUUAUUAUCUAAACGGAUCUCAAACUUCACUGAGCAGAAAGUUUGGCGGCAGUAUUUUUCUGUAUUUAUCGGAUAUUUCGCACUAAUUCCUCCACAUUUUCAUUCAUUCAUUCUCUCGUUAUUUUCCCCUUCGUCUUUUGCUCCCUCUUACCUCGUUCACUCUGCCAAAGUGUGGAAGCGAGAAGAAAACUGGAGCACGUGACAAUUUCCGGACGUCGAUUUAUUUAUUAAUUUUCUUACUUCAUUUAACUAUUUAUUUAUUUGCAACUCGUGUAUUUAUUUAAAGGACCCGAACAAAUAUGAAAUUGCUGGUGGACUCCUCCUUCUCUCUGCUGCUUUCCCUUCUACUGACCCAGCUGCCUUUAUUCACGUCCGCUGUCCCUGCCCCUUACCGACGGCUGCACGACCUGGACAAACUGACCAAUCAGACGAAGAAUCUGCGACAGAUGGCAGCAGAUCUUUUGAAGGAACAUGCAUUCGAAACAGACUUAGAACACCACAGAUUCAAGUCCCUGCCGGUAAUGAACAACAGAGCCAGUGACAUCAACUCCCUUGAGAUGAAACCCACUCUCUCUCAGCUCCACAAUGAACUGAAGAGCUUUGAGCACCAUUUUGCUUGGUUGAGCAGAGCAUCAAAGAAACACCAUCAUCCUCUACCUAAACUGGUAGAGAUGAUCACGCUCAUUAAGACUCUAAUCACCACGCUAGAGCGACAGAUGUCAAGAGUUGAUGCUGAGCGUCUCCCUAAUCCUGUUCCUGUCCCCUCACUGCCGCCCCACCUGCCCUCCCAAUGGGACGUUUUACAGUCGUCUCAGGAGCUGCUACAACAGUUCAGACUCUUCUGUGAUUGGGCCCAGCGAGUGUUCUCAGUGCUUAGUACUAAGUCCAAAACACAAUGAUGAUUCAUGGUGUGCUAUAGCAAGUAAGGAUGCACACUAUAUCCAAUGGGGAUCUAUCAUCUUGAACCAAUAAGGGUCCAAGAAAUUCACCCUACAGCUGUUGGCAACAAGUUCAAACUGUAGUUGGUGAACCAGGGUUGAAGUUCAAUAUUCACAAGACAUCCAGUGAAGAUCCACCAUAUUCUCACUACUCCAGCAAUGGCCUUCAAUGUUCACUAUAUGGGCAUCUCCAUUCUCUCUCUUAAAUACCAUGUUCCUGUGUGUUAUUUAUAUAUUUAUUUAUUUAUUGUUAGUUAUUUAUUUGAUGUCAUUAUUUAUUUGAUUUUGUAACGUCAACCCUCUUAUCAUUAUCACUUACUUUACUGUUGUGAAUUUAGUUGCUUGUACAAUGUCAUUACAAGGUAAUUCUCCGAUUAUUACUUUUCCCUUGAUCUCGCCUCCCAAACUAAACAAAGCGACCAGAUAUUAACAUUUGUUAGCCUGCAAUGAUGCUGAUUGUAUUUUGAAUUUGUUGGUCAAACCUGUUUCUCUUCAUAAUGAGAAAACCAUUAUGCCAUUAGAUGUAGCAACCAAGGGCUACUCGCCUUGUAGCAAACAUACAGUAUCUUGGGGGAGCAAAUACAGAGUUUUUCUUGUAGAUUAAGGGGUACUCAUAGAACCCUCUGACCAUAUUAAAUGUGCCACCUGUUUGGUUUUGUAAACUGAUGAAAGAGCGUGUAAUAAGCAUUGCCUUAAUUGGGAGGUCAGCACAACAGAAGAGGUUGGAUUGGUUCUCCCAGUUGAUAUGUACAGUGCCCAUGUCCCACAAGGACACAUAAAAAGAUGGUAAUGUUGUGGCAAAGGUUAAUGAAUACGUCCUGUUGCUAAGCACUGAUCUAGGACCUGAUCUGUUCUCUUUGCACAAACUUGUUAGGAAUAACCUUUUGAAUGAGUCAGCUGAUCCUGAAUCAGAGGAUUUUUUAGCGUUUUAUAGCAACAUAAGAAAAAACUUUAAGCCUUAAAAUACUAUGUAUUAAGAUAUUGUGAUAUUUUUGGUUUUGUACAGUUGUAGUUGGAUUGUAAAAGAAUGUAAAUUGUUGUAUACAAUACAGUUAUGUAUUGUAGUUUGAUCUGAUAUUAUGCAGAAUUCUCUGUCAAUGCUAUCAUUAUCAAU